UCGCACCGGCUGCCAAAAAUCUCUUCCCUCUCUGGGACAAUAGUGAGAGGAGACUGUGCGGGCGGCGGCUGGUGGGACCAGGAAAAUGUCUGUUACGUUUCGGCCAAAAGCCGCAACUCGGAGCAGAAACUACACAGAACCUGUGGGGGCGUGCCUAGUAACAGUUUUCAGCAACUUCUGAUUGGGUAUCACUGAGUUACGGCGUCUCAGCUCGUCCCUCCCACAAGGCGGCUACGUUAUGCGUCCCAGCGCUCACGUCUUGACGUCACAGCCUCGCGCGACGAGACUUGCGGCGUCGGGAUUUGCAGUAAGACAGGAGGCAAAGAGCUUACAAUUAACGGGACAUGUAAGUUGCCGGGGAUGUGCGGCCUGUGCUGGGAACAGCGAGACUGGUGCUGAUGAGUGGUCCAGCAGAGCUCACUGACGGCCUGUAAGGUUGAUGGACCCCCCUGUGCUGGGCAAUACAGAGAGAGAAGCUGAAGGUGUCAUGGUUCUACGGAUAGAAGAGUCAGACGGGCAGGCCCAUGCCACACCAGUGGCCCCAGAUGGCAGGAGCCCAGUCUCAGGGGGGGUGAAGCAGGAGCCAGUGGUUUACAUGCUCCACACCCCAAUCAUGUCUCACACAGUGGCGUCUCCUGGGAAAGAAGGGGCCCAGCCUGGAGACUGUCGCAGGAACCUGUCUCACCUGUCCUUCUCUGAUUUGCCAGGUUAUGUGAAGGAGGAGCCAAGCAUGCAGUCAUCUCUUGGUUGCUCUGGGCUGGACAUGUAUGCAGAAGGGCUCGAGACCAGUGUUGUUCAGACCCCGAAAACCAAGAAGAAGCGAGGAGCACAGCCAAAACGCUUAAAUGACCUCCUUUCAUGCCCAGCUCUUCCAGCCUCUGUGCCAGAACCAAUGUCCCCGACACUGCCCAGUCUGCUUGAGAAUGGACCCCCCACGGGCAGCCAGCUCACCCCCCUGGUGAAGGUUCCCAAGAAGAGGGGGCGCAAAUCCAAGGCUGAGCUGCUGCUGAUAAGAGAGGCACAAGGACUGAAUGCUGAGACCCCCACAAGCCCAUCUCUAACAUCAAAGCAUGAAACUGCCAACCAGGACAUGGAGAUGACCCCAAGUGGGCGCCCCCAAAGGCGCGCAGCCAAAACAGCAUUGAAGUACCUGCAUGAACUGGCGGAUGAGCUGUCCUCCUCGGGCCUCUCCUCUCCCACCAGACCCUCGGCUGUGUCGGACAGAAGCACCGACGAGUGGGGGAAGGGCAGGCGUCGGAAGAGGAAAGCUGUAGAGUCUGAGGAGGAUUCGGAUUUUGUGCUGUCGGAGGAUGUACUUAGAGAAGCAGAGAUUGAGGAAGAGGAUAAUGAGAGUCUGACUGGGGCCUAUGAAGCUGAGCUGCCCAGUUUCAGAAGGAAAAACAUCUCCACUCCUGGGGAGAGCACCCCUCAGAUACGAGGAUUCGCUGACAAUGGAUUCCACAAUUCCAUCAUGGCUCCUGUCUGGAAAGCGUCAAACAUCACAGCAGAAUUCAGGGACACUUGCUACUCAAACUGGGAGUUCCCUGAUUGGAUCCCGAGCACAGAGAACUGGCACUUCCUGACUCACAAGGAAGCAGAACUAUACCUCCCAGUGCUGAGCCUCUCCCCACCCUUCACCAUCCAGAGGGAAGGAAUAAAGGAGGAGGCCGAGCCCUGCACCCUCGGCAGGUUCCAGUCUCUCCCGCCGCACCAUCAGCGUUGGGACAUGACUUUCUUUGUGGGGGGGCCCGUGUGGUCGUUGGAAUGGUGUCCGACACUAGGUGGCUCUGGAUCUUGCCAAUACCUGGCGCUGUACUGUCACUUGGGAAUGGACGAUCGGCAUAAAGUGGACUCCGUACACCUGGGGCCGGCCCUCCUGCAGCUCUGGAGCCUGGGGCCACUGGAUAUGGAAAACAGCUGUGACUCGGGUCCCGUGUUCUCUUAUGGUUUGGCUUUGGAUCACGGCUGCAUCUGGGACCUCAAGUUCUGCCCCAGUGGAGGAUGGGAGUUGCCCUGUACCUCCCGUAAGAAUACACAGAUGGCUCGUCUGGGACUUCUGGCUGCUGCCUUCUCCAGUGGCCACAUAGAGAUUUACAGCCUCCCUCACCCGGAGUCCUUGUACUCACACCGGAAAUCCCAGGUAAAAGCUGAGAAUCAGUGGGAUCACACAGUGUGUAAGACAGACUGUGUGGUGAGGCUACAGGUGGGCUCUAUCAAGGCCAGUAGCCCGGGAGAGAGUGGUCAGUGCUUCACGCUGGCUUGGCAUCCGGCUAAACCUCACCAGUACCUGGCAGCUGGAUUCUAUGAUGGCACUGUCUCUAUCUGGGACCUGAAGACCAAGUCGGUGCUGCAGAGAGUGCGCCAGGGCGGAGUCAUCAAACAAUACCCCUCCCUCUGCUUCCUGUCACAUGAUCAUGCCGUGCGCAGUGUAGAGUGGUGCAAAGCAGACAGUAAUUUCCUGGUUACCAGCGGCAACGACCGGCGGCUGAAGUUCUGGGACCUGCGACGUCUCCCCGAGCCGAUAAACAACAUGAAGCGCUUCCACAGCACCGAGAUCAGCUGGCUCCUCCCAUACACGGGCGUGGUGGUGGCGCAGGACAAUUGUUAUGCCUCGCACGGCCUGUGUGGGAUCCAUUAUGUGGACUCUGGUUUCCUUGGUUACAAGCCGUAUUUUGUGACGCCGCGGAAAGGAACCGUCUGGAGCGUUUCUGGUUCUGAUUGGCUGAGCUGCAUCACUGCCGGGGACAUUACUGGGGAAGUCAUUGUCAUUGUUCUGCCCAACCUCAAUGUGCCCUCCAUCAACACCAAGCGGCCCGGUGACCGGAAAUUUCCGAUCUAUAAAGCAGAUUUCCUGCCCCAUGCCCCGGUGACCCCACAAUGUGCUGCCACUGAGUUACCCGCGGGGCCCCUGGCACAGACCAGCGAGUGGGGGAGUCUCAAGCCAAAGUCAUUCCGUGCCGCUGCCGACAGGUUUGGCCUCCGCUUCCAGGACAUGGACAUAAGGGACUUUAAGAGACUGCUGAGCCGGGAGCCAGUGAAGAGGAUGCACUCUAAUGAGACUAAGGGGGAUCUGAACAUGGAGCGGGUGCAGAUAGAGGCUGUACACAAGGUGAGAUUUAGCCCAAAUCUGGACACAUACGCGUGGGUGGCAUCUGGGGGCCACUCUGGGCUACUGAGAGUCCAUUGUAUCCAGGGACUAAUGACGUCGGUGGGUCGGAAGCUGAUCCAGGAGAAGAGCUCACAGUUCAGAGCAAUGUUUGAGCAGAGUGAGCCAAUCAGGGAGUGCGAUUUCAACGCUGAGGUGCAGCACUGUGUGAUACAGGUGUAGUGACUCAUUUACUGGGGCCCUCCUGCCUCCUGAGGGCCAAUCUGCUCUUAGUACAGCGAGAAUCACGGCCAGUCAUUGUGCCCGCGGGCCACUAACUGUAUCACGUGUGUAAGGAGCACACGGGGGCCCCACGGGAUCUGUGGAACUGGCGCAGUGUAACUUGGGAGCCCCCCAGCUGUGUAUAAAUGGGGCCCAGCAGUACAAAUGCCUGUAGUUGGUCCUAGCGCUGGAGGAUUCUGGGGGUUUCUAAGCUAAUGUUAUUGGUUGGGGCAUCCUGUUAGCCCUGCCCCCAAGGUAUUUGUGGACCAACCAGGAGCAAGAGUGAGUUAUUGUUACUGCCCCCAGGCCUCAGAGGAAAGGGUUAAUUUGGUAAAUCUCUUUUACUGCUUAUAACGUUGCAUUUCCCCUUUUAUAUGUUUUCUAUUUUAACUGUUUUUUAACCUAGAAAUUUGUUUUACUCGCUGCCCGGCCUGGGUUCACUGGGCACGAGACUUGGCCACUAACCCAAAGCACUUGGCCUCGACUUUACUCUCUCUAUUCCCAGUACUGGGAGGGGCACAGUCUGCCCCAAUUAUGUCCAGCCCCACUCACUAUUGUUAUUUGGGUAAAUAAAUGGUAAAUAAAUGGCAAUUGAUAAGGUUAAUGUGCCUCUUGCACCCCCACUUUCUGUGCCUUUAGAAUAAUAAGCCCCCCAGUUGCUUCUACCUUUUAUUUCCUGCACUUAUGUUGGGGGGGGGGUUAUUGUGCGUAUGGUCUGCCCUUUCCUACUUACCCCCAAGAUUACCUGAAAAUGGGGGGGGGGGGGGCACACUGUCUGUAGGGGCCCCAGUGUUACACAUUCCCCUCUUUUUCUAUUGGCUCAUGUUGAGCUGUGCUGGGGGGGGUCCACUGUCUGUUUAUUAAAAUGUUCAUUUUUUCA